ACUCAGGAAAUGAAGCAUACAUAACAAUAGGUUAUUCAGAACCGUCUCUAGCUAGCUUCAAUAUAAUUAUCUUUAGAAAGAAAACAAAUGGCCUCCCCUUUUCUUGUGCUUGGAUUCCUUAUUGCAACUUGUUUAGUUGCUUUGGCAUCUGACCACAGCCCACUUCAAGAUCUCUGUGUUGCUGAUCUCAAAGGCCCUCUUCUUGUGAAUGGCUUCGCAUGCAAGGGUGCCAAGAUGGCACAAGCAACUGAUUUCUUCUUCAGUGGUCUUCACAUGCCUGGAAACACUUCGAAUCCGGUGGGAUCAAAGGUGACUCCAGUAAAUGUGGUCCAAAUUCCAGGGCUCAACACUCUAGGAAUUUCCAUGGCACGUAUAGACUUUGCUCCGUGGGGAGUUAACCCUCCCCACACGCACCCUCGAGCAACUGAAAUCUUGACAGUGAUUGAAGGUAGCCUGGAAGUAGGAUUCGUGACUUCAAACCCUGAUAACCGUCUCAUUACAAAACUACUUCAAAAGGGAGAUGUCUUUGUUUUCCCUGUGAAUCUUGUCCAUUUCCAAAGGAAUACUGGACAUGGAAAUGCAGUUGCCAUUGCAGCUCUGAGCAGCCAAAAUCCUGGUGUGAUUACGAUUUCAAAUGCAGUAUUCGGGUCGAACCCAGCUAUUGCCAAUGACCUUCUUGCUAAGUCAUUCCAGACAGAUACUAAGACCGUCAAUUGGAUACAGUCCAAGUUUUAGAGGGUCAGCUUCAAUUUUUCUUGCAAAAUGAUGUUCGGCUUUCAUUAUGGCCCGAUGGCAGAAAGUUUCUUUUGUAGCGUCUUUGGGUUCUUUCAUAUUGUUGUUUAAUGUUGAUUUGAGUAAUUUAUGGCUUGUUCAUUACUCUCGAAUAUUUUUAUGGAUCAAACUUGUCGUA